GGAGAGGGACUAUUUAAAGCUACCCCGGUGCUGGUCAUCGGUCUGGCUGCUGGGUCCCUGGCCGUCCCCCGCCUGCGGAGUAGCCUGUGAAGUGUCCUGCUACCCUCUCCGGCCGCUCCCCGCCGCUCUGCCCCAAGAUGGGCCGUGGGGCCGGACGCGAGUCCUCGCCCGCAGCCACCGCCGCAGAGAAUGGAGGCGGCAAGAAGAAGCAGAAGGAGAGGGAGCUGGACGAGCUGAAGAAGGAGGUGGCCAUGGAUGACCACAAGCUGUCCCUGGAUGAGCUGGGCCGCAAGUACCAAGUGGACCUGUCCAAGGGCCUCACCAACCAGCGGGCCCAGGACAUUCUGGCCCGGGAUGGGCCCAACGCCCUCACCCCGCCCCCGACCACCCCCGAGUGGGUCAAGUUCUGCCGCCAGCUUUUCGGGGGCUUCUCCAUCCUGCUGUGGAUCGGGGCCAUCCUCUGCUUCCUGGCCUACGGCAUCCAGGCUGCCAUGGAAGAUGAGCCAUCCAACGACAAUCUGUAUCUGGGCGUGGUGCUGGCCGCUGUGGUCAUCGUCACCGGCUGCUUCUCCUACUACCAAGAGGCCAAGAGCUCCAAGAUCAUGGACUCCUUCAAGAACAUGGUUCCGCAGCAAGCCCUCGUCGUGCGGGAGGGUGAGAAGAUGCAGAUCAACGCGGAGGAAGUGGUGGUGGGCGACCUGGUGGAGGUGAAGGGUGGAGACCGUGUCCCUGCUGACCUCCGGAUCAUCUCUUCCCAUGGCUGUAAGGUGGACAACUCAUCCCUCACCGGGGAGUCAGAGCCCCAGACCCGCUCCCCCGAGUUCACCCAUGAGAACCCCCUGGAGACCCGCAAUAUCUGUUUCUUCUCCACCAACUGUGUGGAAGGCACUGCCAGAGGCAUCGUGAUUGCCACCGGUGACCGGACGGUGAUGGGCCGCAUAGCCACCCUGGCCUCCGGCCUGGAGGUUGGGCGGACCCCUAUUGCCAUGGAGAUUGAACACUUCAUCCAGCUGAUCACGGGGGUGGCUGUGUUUCUGGGCAUCUCCUUCUUUGUGCUGUCCCUCAUCCUGGGCUACAGCUGGCUGGAGGCCGUCAUCUUCCUCAUUGGCAUCAUCGUGGCCAACGUGCCUGAGGGGCUGCUGGCCACCGUCACGGUGUGCCUGACGCUGACAGCCAAGCGCAUGGCGAGGAAGAACUGCCUGGUGAAGAACCUGGAGGCGGUGGAGACGCUGGGCUCCACCUCCACCAUCUGCUCUGACAAGACGGGCACCCUCACCCAGAACCGCAUGACAGUCGCCCACAUGUGGUUCGACAACCAGAUUCAUGAGGCCGACACCACCGAAGACCAGUCUGGGGCCACGUUUGACAAGCGAUCGGCCACGUGGACGGCCCUGUCUCGGAUUGCUGGCCUCUGCAACCGUGCCGUCUUCAAGGGCGGGCAGGAGAACAUCUCUGUGUCUAAGCGGGACACAGCUGGAGACGCCUCUGAGUCCGCUCUGCUCAAGUGCAUCGAGCUGUCCUGCGGCUCCGUGAGGAAGAUGAGGGACAGGAACCCCAAGGUGGCGGAGAUUCCUUUCAACUCCACCAACAAGUACCAGCUGUCCAUCCACGAGCGAGAAGACAGCCCCCAGAGCCACGUGCUGGUGAUGAAGGGGGCCCCGGAGCGCAUCCUGGACCGGUGCUCCUCCAUCCUGGUGCAGGGCAAGGAGAUCCCACUGGACAAGGAGAUGCAGGACGCCUUCCAGAACGCCUACAUGGAGCUGGGAGGGCUCGGCGAGCGUGUGCUGGGGUUCUGUCAACUGAAUCUGCCCUCCGGAAAGUAUCCCCGUGGCUUCAAAUUCGACACCGAGGAACUGAACUUUCCCACGGAGAAGCUCUGCUUCGUGGGGCUCAUGUCCAUGAUCGACCCUCCCCGGGCUGCUGUGCCCGACGCUGUGGGCAAGUGCCGGAGUGCAGGCAUCAAGGUGAUCAUGGUGACCGGGGACCACCCCAUCACAGCCAAGGCCAUUGCCAAAGGUGUGGGCAUCAUCUCGGAGGGCAACGAAACGGUGGAGGACAUCGCCGCCCGGCUCAACAUCCCCGUCAGCCAGGUCAACCCCAGAGAGGCCAAGGCGUGCGUGGUGCACGGCGGGGACCUGAAGGACAUGACGUCGGAGCAGCUGGACGAGAUCCUCAGGAACCACACGGAGAUCGUGUUCGCGCGCACGUCGCCGCAGCAGAAGCUCAUCAUCGUGGAGGGCUGCCAGCGGCAGGGUGCUAUCGUGGCGGUGACGGGCGACGGCGUGAACGACUCCCCGGCGCUGAAGAAGGCGGACAUUGGCAUCGCCAUGGGCAUCUCGGGCUCCGACGUGUCCAAGCAGGCGGCCGACAUGAUCCUGCUGGACGACAACUUCGCCUCCAUCGUCACGGGCGUGGAGGAGGGCCGCCUCAUCUUCGACAACCUGAAGAAGUCCAUUGCCUACACCCUGACCAGCAACAUCCCCGAGAUCACACCCUUCCUGUUCUUCAUUAUCGUCAACAUCCCCCUGCCGCUGGGCACCGUCACCAUCCUCUGCAUCGACCUGGGCACGGACAUGGUCCCCGCCAUCUCCCUGGCCUACGAGGCCGCCGAGAGUGACAUCAUGAAGCGGCAGCCGCGGAACCCGCAGACGGACAAGCUGGUGAACGAGAGGCUCAUCAGCAUGGCCUACGGGCAGAUCGGGAUGAUCCAGGCCCUGGGCGGCUUCUUCACCUACUUCGUGAUCCUGGCUGAGAACGGCUUCCUGCCGACCCGGCUGCUGGGGAUCCGCCUGGACUGGGACGACCGGUCCACAAACGACCUGGAGGACAGCUACGGGCAGGAGUGGACCUACGAGCAGCGGAAGGUGGUGGAGUUCACCUGCCACACGGCCUUCUUCGCCAGCAUCGUGGUGGUGCAGUGGGCCGACCUUAUCAUCUGCAAGACCCGCAGGAACUCCGUCUUCCAGCAGGGCAUGAAGAACAAGAUUUUGAUUUUUGGGCUCCUGGAAGAGACAGCGCUGGCUGCCUUUCUAUCCUACUGCCCAGGCAUGGGUGUGGCCCUCCGUAUGUACCCGCUCAAGGUCACCUGGUGGUUCUGCGCCGUCCCCUACAGCCUCCUCAUCUUCAUCUACGAUGAGGUCCGGAAGCUCAUCCUGAGGCGAUACCCCGGUGGCUGGGUGGAGAAGGAGACAUACUACUGAGCACGCUGGAAAGAAGAAUCAGGAUGGAAAAGAUGGGGAGCCCUGGAGGAGUUGCAGGGAUGGUGACGGGGAGAGGUGGUCUUAGGGGAAGAGUUGGGGAGAAAGAAUGAGGCAGUUUAAUAGGCUAAAUGGGGAAUGGAGGGGCUGGGUAAAAAAGCUUGGGAUGAUUGCCCCAGAGACCUAACUCUGAACAGUCAGGUUAGACACUCUCCCCAGACCUUUGUCCAUCCCCCUCCACCGUGUUGUCUGUUUUUAUGAGAAACUGAAGGUUGCUCCAGCCUCCCCAUUCCCUAUCCCUCUGCCCCCACCUCUCCCUAAAACAGACCAACUUCCAAAGGCAGGAACACGUCUAACCAGGAGGAAGGAAACAGUCUCAGAUGACCAGCUGUAUCCCAUGUCCCCCCUUCACCCCUCUUUUGCUUCCUGCCCAACUCUGUCCCCUGCUUCCUCGUCUGACCCAGAAAUCACAAAUGGUCCCCCCUGUCGAGGCCAGAAAGGGAAGUUGGUUGGGAAGCCAGCCUGGCUCCCAGUCCUGGCUAGUUAAGAACCUCUGGCGGAGACGGGGCAGCCGCAGACAGUGCGAGGUCAGGGUGUGGGGGCGGAUGGCGAGGGGAAAGGGAAGAGAUCAGUGCACUUGACAUCUGGCAUCUCCAGGUAAAUGCCUGGGAUCCAGCUCUGUGUCCAACCUUUUAGAGCCCUGCCCGCAGAACAAGUUCAGUAACAUCAGAGUAGCAGCAGAGGCAGGACCCGAAGGCAAUCGGGAGUUUCUCUGAGAUCCCAUACCCAGAGGCCCACUGACCUUGCUUGGUGGUCUGUUCGGUCCAUGAGGCCCAGGCAUCACAUCACCGAUGCUCCAGCUCUCAAUCACACACACCUGAUGACACCUGCCUUUGAAUGCCUCGAAAGUUCCACGCUGUUCUGAGUGGGGUGGCUGCCCAUUCAUUCCCUGCCCCUUCCACCCCUCUCCCCUCCCGCCCAUGCUGAAGAACCUGUCUUAUUGCUAGGCACUGCCAAGCCAUGAACUCCCUGGCCAGCAGCUGGAGCUGGAGGGGAGGGGUUCCCAGAGCCUUCCUGUCUUCAAGAGACAUGCAGAAUCAGCUUAGGUCACCAACACGGUCAGCCCUCUGGGCCAGAGGGAACGCACGAGGGACCUGCCUCUGGCCUCCCGGUCAGAGGGGCUGUUCCUCCCCAGCAAAUGCCCUUCAUCUGAUGUUCCUUGUGCCACGUUCCCCUUGUGCCCACAGUUGGUUUCCUGUUCCUAUGGAUAUUCUGUUCCUUCCCUUCCCCCCUCUCCUCCUAGCGUUUCUGCAGGUAGCUCUGCCCAUUCUGUAAGGCCGGCUUAGAAAGCGCUGGGCAUGUCCUGCAGAGACACCUAGAUGGACACAGCAAGUGUCAGGCACCUAAGGAAAACGGAAGGCCUGAGGCAGAGAGGACGGAAGCAUCAAAAGCCGACUCUAGGCCAAGCCCAUAAGCCACCUCCCGAGGUCUGUUACGUCAUUUCAGCGGAGUUCUACUUCACCGGAAGUGCCUUGAAAUAAGCGUCAUUGCCCUGGGCUUGGAUAGCUAAGUGGGAAACCACACACAUUUGGGCCUGACUUAUUUGAGAUUUAUUGACUGUGGACAAAAGUUUCUCUUUGUACAAUUAAUACACAAGGCAAUUGUUUAGUAAGUGAAGAGCAUAAACAAUAUCGCUAAGGGUGGCAUAUUUAGAUGACCUAAAACAAUCCUUCUCAAGCACUCUAGGAAUCGCCAUUUAGAAGUCGUGAGUGUAUGGGCUAAUUAUCAUUAAUUCUCAUAUAUUUGUUAAAGAAACAUCUGCAAGACCUUUACUUGGUGACCUUUUAUAAGACAUUAGUUUGAGGCACUACAUAUGUACUUGAAAAUAAUAAAGAUGCAUUUCUUUAUGAAAAAAA